CUUGAACCAACUGCUUCAGGUUUCUGCUAACCCUAAACCUGCCCUCGUCAUGAUGAGGUGAUGAAGAUCCUCCAUAGUACUGAUCAGGAUUGUAUCUGUUAUUUCUGCACUAUGGCUGAACUUAAAGGUCAUGAAACAGUCCCAGCUGCAGCAGAACCAGAACAAAAGGGCAGAGAUGAAUUCUUAAAAUAUUCACAAGAAAUCACUCUGGAUCCAAAUACUGUGAACGGGUUUCUGAUAUUGUCUGAGGGGAGCAGAAAAGUGACAAGAGGGGAAGAACAACAGUCUCAUCCUGAUCACCCAGACAGAUUCGCUGGUUUUUGGUUUCAGGUCCUGAGCAGAGAGAGUCUAACUGGUCGUUGUUACUGGGAGGUGGAGUGGAGAGGAAGAUUAGUUUAUGUUGCAGUUUCAUACAAAAACAUCAGCAGAGCAGAAAGAUGUAAGGAAUGUUUUUUUGGACUUAAUGAUAAAUCUUGGUCAUUACGUUGUGACAGAAAAAGUUACACAUUUUGGCACAAUGACAUUGACACUCCAGUACCAGGUCCAGUUUCCUCCAGAGUGGGAGUGUACCUGGACCACACAGCAGGUAUUCUGUGUUUCUACAGCGUCUCUGAAGCCAUGACUCUCCUGCACAGAGUCCAGACCAGAUUCACUCAGCCGCUACAUGCUGGAGUUUAUAUUUAUCAUGGCUCCUCUGCUGAGUUCAUUAAGAUGAAAUAGUCAGCAGUGAUCUGAGGUGGCUGGGCCCAGAUUUAGUGAGACAUAGCGGAGUUGGAUUCUUCCUGAGAUUCCUCUAUUAUUAUUAACUAUGAUCAGAAGUAGAGCAAUGGUGAUCAUUUCACCAUCAGUGGCAUGACGCCACUGAAGCACAUCUGUGCUUUAUAGACGCUAACUAAU